AUGCCUCUGCGCACCGCCAUGGACGACGCUGCACCCUCACCUCUGGGAUCAGGCCGGGCGCUGCCGAGCCUUCUGUUCGCCCCAGAAGCUGAGGUGCUGGAAGACGUGCUGCGAGAGCAGUUCGGGCCGCUGCACCAGCUGGCCGCUAUCUGCCGGCUCAAGCGGCUGCCCUCGGGCGGCUACUCGUCCACCGAGGGCCUCCAGCUGGUGCUGGAGCGGCGGCGCGCGGCCAACGCCAAGGAGCGCGAGCGGAUAAAAAACCUCAAUCAUGGUUUUGCCAAACUGAAGGCACUUGUGCCCUUUCUUCCACAAAGCAGGAAACCUAGCAAAGUUGAUAUCCUUAAAGGUGCAACUGAAUACAUACAAGUUCUCAGUGAUGUUUUGGAAGAAACCAAAGACUCUGAGAAACAAGAUACAGAUGAUCAGAACUACAGCAACACUUCUGAACCACAUAUAUCCUUGGUUAGAGAGCUAUCGAGAAACAUCACUCAACAUACCAACUGCGCCAUAGGCUUGAAGAAAGAGGAGGAAGGGCCUUGGGCAGAUGGUGGCAGUGGCGAGUCGACAUACACUUGUCACCAGAGCAUGAUGCCUGCGACUGGAGUUGGUAUCUCUCCCAUCAGGAGUUCGGAUAAAUUCCCAGAAGCAGGACUGCUGAGUCACAGCCUCCCCCAAGUAUGAAAAGUGAAAAGGCCCAAAGCUACCUUCUAGAGGCAAAAAAAUGCAGUCUUGAAAGUU